AAUUCGAUAAUUUGAAAAAAUUACGCGUCCCUUUUUAAAAAUGCGUGAUAUUUUUGUUGAAAUAGAUUGAAAAUCGUCAUAUUAUUUGUCUUAUAUUCGAUAGAAAGGUAGUCUAAGUUCUAAAAUCAAACACUCGUAAUCGAGCACUCGGUUUUCUAUUAAAACCGGUAUCGUUUUCCUCAAUCGGUAUUCAACGUUCAUCUGUCAUUUAAUUCAUAAGUCGUUCAAAAAUGGAGAAAGUGAAACGUAAACGUAAGAAUGAGCAAAAGUCGAAAUCGAAGUAUGACAUCAAGAGGAUGAUGGAGGAGCGCGAAGAAUUUUACAGAGGAUUGAAAGAAAUCGAGGAGCUCAAAAAGACAUUGGAAGAGAUUGAGGCCGAAGAUGAAGCUAAUAGAGAACAAGAAGAAGCUCUGAUCGCAGAAGCGACUAAAAAAGAUGUUAUGUCUACUUUGAGAAUAACCGGUGAUAAACCCCCUGGAAGAGAAGUUGUUUUUCCAGCCAACCAUUGCCAAUGCUUUCAUAAAAGCAAAAUAGAAAAACUCCAGUUACCGGGCUUGACUUACCUCGAACUUCGAAAAUUACUCGAAAAUCGAAUCGAAAUAAAUCACGUGAUCACGAACGAAGCGUUGUUUAGCUUGUUCUUGUUGAUGUCGUUGGAUCAAAAUGAAGCUGUUCUGGAUUCUUGUUACCGACUUCUUAAAAGUCAUGUCUUUACGUUUGUUCCGAAGUUUCGUCAUAUCAUCAACGUCUUCUUAAAUUGGGGAGCAACUUGCGAAUCCCUCAACGUCAGCGAAGGCGAAAAAAGUUCAGUAUAUCCGAAAGGAAUUCGUUUCAAAACACCAAAUUCAGAUUAUACGUUUUGUUCGUCCAAUUACUCGAAGGUGUUAGAUUACGUUGGUGAAGUCUGCUUCCACAAUUCGCAAUGUUAUUCGAAGACAGAGAAAGCAAUCUUGUUAAAGUGUCUGUUUAGAAUCUCGUUGGAUAAAACGUAUGCAGAUGUACGUGCUUCUAUUAGCAGCUGCAUCAGUCGAGUGAUCGAAUCGUUCCCACAAUGGGAUGAUUUUACAGUUGCCAAUUUGUGUCGAUUGAUUCACGAUGAGAAAGAUCAUUUCCACAAUCAAGUCACUGUCAUUAUGAAUACACUGCCCCAAAUCAACCGUUGCAAUGAUCUUUUGUCUUGCAUUUACUAUUACGUUCUCUGUUCUUUAGUCAAGAAGACACCGAAAUACGAGUUUCCUUACGACGAUGAAGAUAUCGUCGAUUUGGUGAAAGUUAUUCAAGUUGACCCUAAUGAUGCCGACGACCUAUACAAUUUGUAUGUCUUCGUACAAUUACUAAACUACAUCGUCUAUCAUCGAACCAUUUAUAAGAAUCCGCAUGCUCUGCAACAAAUCAACGUCAAAUUGGACGAACUGAAGUGGACGGUAGCUAGAAGUACGAGAAUGUACGAUGCAGCUUUUGUGAAAGGACGGAUCAUGUAUUGUUCCGCUAUGUGGACUUUAUCGCGUCCAUCGAAUGAAAGAAAAUUGUGAAUUUUGACUUAGUUUACUCUCUGGUUCUUGAUUUUCAUCUGAAGGCUUAUUUUUACGUUGAAAAUUUGAUUAUAUAGAAUGUUAGUGAUCGAUAAUCAUAUAAUUAUUAUAGAAGAUCUUGAUAAAUUUUGUUCGUAAAUUUCUUUUUCUGAGAAAUUUUAUACUUUUAUAAUCAUAAUUAGUUUAUUUACCCCGACACAUUCUUGGUCUCCUUACGUUUAAGAUCGUAG